AGACAGAGGGGGCUCCGGAGCGUGUCUAAAAUCGGAACGUCCUUAGCAGGGAUAUCUUGACACUGCAUCGUUCUUCUCUUCUCCCAUCAACUACACACAGCCCUUCGUAUAAUCGACCGAAAUAUUAGUUAGCAAACGAACGUAAAAUCGAAAUUAUCCAUUAUCAGUUAUGGCUCAAGUAAUUAGUGUCAGGUUGAGUCGGACGGAUAACUCACCUUGGGGCAUCCGUCUUCAAGGCGGCAAAGAUUUUGGACAACCACUUCUUAUACAAAAGGUGAACGGAGGCAGCCUGGCGGAAAGGGCAGGUCUCUUGGUGGGCGACGCCGUGAUCCGGGUCAACAACGUCGACGUUUCGGACAUGAGGCACAAGGAGGCACAGGACACCAUCGUCAGGGCGGGCAACAACUUCGAAGUCACCGUCCAGAGAGGAUCUGGCGGGACGUGGAAGCCGCACGUGAGCCCGGUAGGCAGCGUCCCAUCGCCGGGGAAGGCGUCGCCGAUGGCCCCUGUGACGAAGACAUCGCUGGCCGCUAGCAAGGCUCCGUCCACACCGAUCGGCGCCGGCCACAACCUCUCGCCCAAGCCAUUCGGAGGUGCACCUCAGGUUAAUGGUGAUGCAGCUGUAAAAGCAAUUGUGAAUAAGCAGUACAAUACUCCUGUAGGGAUGUACAGUGAAGAGAUUAUAGCUGAGACACUUUCAGCUCAGGCUGAGGUACUAGUUGGGGGAGCCAUUGGAGUCAAUUUCAUGAAAAAUGAAAAAACAUACGAUUCCCAGAAAAGUGAAGUUUUCAAAAUGGUACAAGAAGUUGAUAAAGAGCCAAAAUCACCAGAACCAGGAUCCCUGUCUUCGGUAAAGUACUUCUCUCAACAUUCUCAUGCAAUUGGUGGUAGGGCCACCUCUCCAAGACCCUUAACCCCAUUGGCAAAGGAGAUGGGUGCAGAGCCUAGCGUUCCUACUCCCCCAACUGUUCAAGACAACCCUCCGUGCUCUUCCUGCGGCAAGCACAUAGUGGGAGUAUUUGUACGUAUAAAGGAUAAAAAUCUCCAUGUUGAAUGCUUCAAAUGUGCAACAUGUGGAACAUCUUUAAAAAAUGUUGGCUAUUAUAACAUCAAUAACAAAUUGUACUGCGACAUUCAUGCAAAGAUGGUUGCUCGUCAGAAUCCUCCAGCACCUAACUUAGAACCUGUCACAGUGCCUCCAAGCAGUUUCAAAGGUGGUGCUUUCCAAUCCCAGGUUUCAUCGGCUCCAUCAUUAGGACCACAAUCUCCUCAGCCAGGAACACUGGCUCCUCUUCCGUUUCAUACACAAACAUUCGCUCCAAGUGGACCAAAGCCAUUUGGCACAACUGUGGCAAGUGUGCCUUCCUCUGUAUUCACUCCCUCCAGCGUUGCCCCACCAAGUAAUGCACCAGCAAAUGUAGCUCCACCACCAGCCCCACCAAGCAGCGGAUUAACUAAACCAUUUUCUGAUCCUUGUACUACUGUAAUUUGGCCACCUUCCUCAUCCCAUUCUGAAAUCGUGAAAUCCGAAACUUCAACAAGCGAACGUUUUGAAGAAAAACGUAUGUCAAUUUGUUCUGAGGAAGUUUGUUCUUUUUCCAGCAAAAAAACAAAUAUAGGCAGUGCAAUAUUGGAAGAAGAUAGAUGUCCUUCUCCAGUUCCCAUGGAAGGUGCCCGAAAUAAAAUAAAAAAAGGAACUGUUGAGAAAACUAUAAUAGAAGCUGGAGAACGGGUCUUGAAAACUAGGAGGAGUGUAAGUCCGCAACCUUCUGCCCAACACACUUUGCGACCAUCUUCUCCAUGGGCUAUGUCUUCCAGACCAAAAACACCUGAGUUACUUGACAUAUCUUCUAAACCACAUGAUAUACAGUCCCUACUUCCUCCCGCAUGUCUAGUGAGACCAAUGACACCCCAACAGGUAGUUGUAUUUCCUCCAGAAUGUCCUACUGUCAUGUAUUCGAGAUCCCCGACCCCACAACGAGAUAUGAAAAAAGUUCCGGAUCGUUGUACAACUUGCCCAAGCCCACUAAAUGCUGUUGUCCCUUAUACAGAUAUAAAACCUGCAUUAAAGAAGACAGAUAAUUCUAUUGAAAAGAUUGAGGCUAGUCGAUCUCUCAAAGAGCAUUCUAAGAAAGAAAAGAUCAAAAAAGAACAUAAAAGUGAAAAAGAACAUAGGAUUGAAAAGGUUCAAAAAACAGAAAAAGAACAUAAAAUUGAAAAAAUGGAACAAAAAACUGAAAAAAUAGAACAUAAAACAGAGAAACAAAAUAUAAAAGAAGCUACAAAUGAAUCUAAAAAAAUAGAAAUAAAAUUAGGAAAUGUAACAGUUGGUAAAGAGGCUUCUGAAGAGACUGAGGUAUUAGAGAAAAUGUUUUAUUCAAAAUCAGAAGUUGAGAAAUUAAUUCAAAAGGAAGUAUCCAAAGCACUACUGGCAAAGGAAGAAAUGAUGACUCAACCACAAAAAGAUAAAAAGCCAGAGCCCGUUUCCGUUCAUGACUUACCAAAACCUAUUACUCAGAGUGGUUGGAUGACAAAUGCCUUGACAACUGCAUCUGAAAGACCUUUUUCACCUAUAUCUUUUCCAAAGCCAUUGGAACUUCCAUCUGUUUCUACUAAUAUCAAACCCAUGGAACCAAUGAAAAUAAAAAAAGAUGAUAAGCCGGUUCCCCUGCCUCGAGAAACAAAACCCUAUUUCCCACCCGCACCUCAACCACCAGAAAAAGAGAAAUUGGAUGACCGAGUGGGUAGAGCCUUAAGGGAAGUUGGCUGUCCCUCUCCACUGACUGGUGCAUUGACUGUCGCUCCAGAUAGACCUUACUCUCCUAUUCCAACUUUCACCACUGUUAAACAAGUUCCAAAAACAAAAGAAACUUUUAAACCCAUACCAGGGCACAAAAAAGAGAUGUCAAUGGCUUCUGCUUUGACCAUUGCUCCAUCUGUACCAUUUACUGUACCUGGUAAAACUCCAAUCCCCCAAACAAUACCUGCUGUCAGCAUUAAUGAUGUUAACACAGGAAGUGCUUUUAAACCAGUUACUUCGAAAAUAUCUUCAGUUACCAGUACUGAAAAAAAAUCUGUUAAGUCAGAAAAAAGUGGUAUAUGUAUGGCAGUAAUAACAGGAGGAAAAAUACAGGAAACAGUAAGAGUUUCUCCUGUACCUCGCCCCGUAAUUUCUUCAUCAAUAAAGCCUACUCCAGCGUAUAUACCCCAACCAGCAAAACCAAAACAAGAAAAAAUUGAAAGGCAUGAAGAAUCUUCUCAAAGUGAAAAGGUAGAAAUUUGCCAAACCAAAAGCACAACAGUCAGGCCUGUGACUCCAUCAGGUCUUCAUCCUCCCAGUUAUUUACCAUCUUAUCAACAAAACAUCGGUGAGAUACCAUUAAGAAACCCUGCUGUUUCCCCAGUUCCUCAUCAAAUAAAAGCACCUGAAAUAAAACCUACCCCGAUGGAAUAUGCUCAUGUUCCUAAUCCUAAAAUGGUUGCUCAAUAUAAAGCAACUACGUAUAGUGAAACUAAAACACAUUCUGCUCAGAAAAGUAGUGUAAAAUCUGGACACAUUCAUGGAACACAGAAAAUAGAUGCUUUAAAAUCGCAUAGGGAAGGUCUUUCCCCUCAAAGCUGGAGAGUUGAAAAAUACAGACAAGUUCAAAAUUUAUCCCCUAUUACUGUGAGGUUGUCUUCACCCCGCCCACAAUCUCCACGACCUCCAACAGGAGAAACUUUACAAGCAGCUGAUGCAAACAUUUUCAUACAUAAACCACGUCCUUCUUCCCCUCUUCCUCCAAUAGUAAAAGUAAAUGUCAAAUAUCCUCCUAUCACCACUUCAGGAACAACAAUUGGAUCAGAGAAGUCAGCAUUUUCAAAAGCUGGGAAAAAUGGAGAAACUAUCACCAGUUCAGUUCAUAAAAAAACAAAUGAAUCUUGUCAGAAACAGUGCUCUGAAUCCUCUUGUAAAACUGGUUGUCAGAAAGUUGAUAAACCGACCCCAUCUGUUGGACAGAGAGAGGAUAUUCACCUUAGUUCCCAUAGGCAAGAAGUAUCAGGUAGUCGAAUGAAUAUCCAAAGUGGGCAAGAAAUUACUCAAACCCAAAAAAUCAGCAAAGAGCAGGAAAAACAUAGCAGCCAUUCAUUGGCUCAUAAGGAACAAGCACUUUCAAAUAGCCAAAGGAUGAUUCGUGAGGAACAAGGGCAGCAACUUGUUUCUAGAGGCCAUGGUCACAGCUCUGGCCAGCAAAUGGCAUCAAAAGAGAAAGGGGGCCAACAAAUGAUGUAUAGAGAGCAGGGGCAUUCUAGUACACAACAAAUGGUUCAUACUGAGCAAGGGCAUUCUAAUACCCAACAAAGGAUGUAUAAAGAGCAAGGGCAUUCUAGUACCCAACAAAUGGUUCAUACUGAGCAAGGGCAUUCUAAUACCCAACAAAGGAUGCAUAGAGAGCAAGGGCAUUCUAGUUCCCAUCAAAUGACACAUUCUGAACAAAAGUUAGAAAUUCAAAGAGAAGAAAAAAUGUCUAGCAUUCAAAAAAAAGAAAGCCGGAUGGAGCAACAAACAAUGCAAUCAAUGCAAAAGUCGUUGAAUGUAUCUGAAAUGGCCUCCACAAACAAAAUUAAUGACACUGCUGAAGUAAGAAAAGAAGUUACUCCUCGUACUUUAACUAAUUUCAGGGCAUAUGGAGAGACAAGUCAAAAAACCUUAGGGCACCAAGGUUAUGAAACUUCCAUUAGAGAUACAAUUAAUAAUAAAAAUAAUGGAAAAUUUAUUUCAAACAAGACUAAUGUUGUUUUGGCGGAUAAUAAAAGUGCUAUUAAGGCUGUAACAAGCGUUGAAUCCCCCCAUCCUACCUUCCCAUCCCUUCCUCCACUGAGUGAUGUUGACCGGACUGCAGGUGCUGGUGGUGUAGGAGGCAGGACUGGAACUCUUGCAGGCUCCAGUGCUCCUAAGCGCGGAAGAGGGAUACUUAACCCUAGCGUGGCUCCUGGUGCUCGCAUACCACUUUGUGGACACUGCAAUAUGCAAAUAAGGGGACCUUUCAUCACAGCUUUGGGCAAGAUCUGGUGUCCUGAACAUUUUGUAUGUGUUAAUGCAAAAUGUAGUAGGCCUCUUCAAGAUAUUGGUUUCGUAGAAGAAGCUGAUGGUCUUUACUGUGAAUUCUGCUUUGAGAAAUUCCUGGCUCCAUCAUGUGACAAGUGCAACUCCAAGAUAAAAGGAGAUUGCUUGAAUGCGAUAGGAAAACAUUUUCACCCAGAGUGCUUUGCCUGUGCCUACUGUGGAAAAUUAUUCGGAAACAACCCCUUCUUUUUGGAGGAUUCUCUACCUUAUUGCGAAGCUGAUUGGAAUGAAUUGUUUACAACUAAAUGCUUCUCCUGUGGGUUCCCAAUUGAAGCUGGUGAUCGCUGGGUAGAAGCUCUUAACAAUAACUAUCAUAGCCAGUGUUUUAACUGCACGAUGUGUAAAAAGAACCUCGAAGGGCAAAGUUUCUACGCAAAGGCAGGAAGACCAUUCUGCAAGAACCAUGCUCGUUAACUUUAAUUAAACCAAUUACAAUCCUAGUCAUGGUUCACAGACGGGUUUACUUAGUAAACACUUCUGUUUAUUUAUAUAUAAAUAUCUCAUGUUUAUAGUCAAUGAUACAAAUAUUUUAAGUUAUAUCUUUUCAUUUAUUUGGUAUUAUCUAAUUGAGAAUUGAUAAGUACAAUUUUACUUUGUUUUUCAAAAGUAUGAACUAUUUAUUUUGAUUGAUAUAAUAUAUUCUAUUUUAAAAGAUAAAUUUUAAUUUUUUAUUAUCUUCUCAUAAAUUGGAUAUUAGAUCAGUUCUCAAUUAUUUCUGAUUGUAUCUUUUAAGACUUUCUACUUUACUUUAAUAGAUUAUUUUGUAAAAUUCAGAUGAAAAUGUUAUAAGUAUUUUUAUAGACGAUAAACAUAAAACAGUAUGAAAUAUUACCAACAUAAAGGAACAUUGUAUAGGCAGUUUAAAAUGUGAGAAGAUGUAGUAGGAUCAGUUACCAAUGCAUGUGUUAUUAAUUCUGUACACGAGAAUUUUUUUUUAAGUACAUUAGGAAAUAAUGUAAAUAUAAAUGUUAGCAUUGAAUUAAAAACUAACAAAAUUGUGUUGUUAAAUUCACAUAAAUACCAAAAUAAUGACAAUAAGCAGAAUAUAAGAUUCAUAUUAUAAGAACUGACCGUAACUAUAACAGUUCAUUAUAAUUUGAAAUUUCUUCCUUACUGUUGUUAUAAUGUAAUAUACAGUAAAUCAGAAUAAAAAAAAAUUGAAAAAAAAUUAUACUAACAAAUAAAAUUGUGAAACGUUGGAAUGUUUACCUUAUAUACUACCAACCAACAACAUAUUCAUGAAGCAAAUAACCUCAAGGGUAUUUCAAGGCUGCAUGAAAAGGUAUAUAAUUAGUCGUGUGAGUAAUGUAACCUAAAAUUAGAUGUUAAGUUGUAUUUUCUGAACUAUUUAUACAGCAUAUAUUUAUUCAUAUUGAAUUAGAAAUUUAGAGCAUAUAUAUACUAAGAAAGUUUUUAAAAGAAAUUGUUAAUGAGCCGGCAAUUAUUUGUGUGCUUAUGUUAUAUUAAGCUUACCUGUCAGUUUACUGUUCAAUUUAUUAUAGCUGCAUAAAUAAAAAUAUUUUUUUCUGCUAAUUGUCUAUAGUUUUAAUUUGCCAUGUUUAACUUCCUAUUAUCAAUGUCAUUGAAAAUAAAGCCUCAGGAAAAUAGUUCAUCCAAGCAAUUUUUUUUAACAUUGUUUAAAUUUUAAAGAAAUUAAAAUUAAUUUUUCAUAUGUCAUUG